AUGUCCCCUUGGAUUAUAACCGCUUACAUAUUUUGGAACAACUUGGCGCUGGUAUCUACCCAACUUGUUAACGGCCAAUUUUACACACCAGGGCUUGCGAUAUCAAAUGCGCCUGCUCCCGGCAGUCAGUAUUCUGCCGGAGGUGCCAUAGGGGUUUCGGUCGAUGUAAGUGGUAAUGGGAGGCUCCCUAUCUCAGCAUCAUUUCCGGGGUCAACACUCCCAACUGCAUUUAUAUCGUUGAAUAUAUUCCUCAUCUCUUCUCAAACCAACACCAAUGUUACGGUAACCAGCGGAACGCAGUUUUUGGAAGGCGAGCCAGGAAGUACCGUCAAACAUCUCAAUUUUGCGAUACCAAGCUGCCUGAAGACCGGUGACUAUAAUUAUACUUAUUACGAGGUCUCGCGUGUUAACGGAGAAACCUUCUUUUCGAUUACUCCUAUCCCUAUAUUUAUACUCAACAGCCAGCAGGACGACAAAGCGUGCGAUGGGUCCACGGAGCCUGAAGUCCAACCGCAAGCAUCCUCGCCUCCUCCGGAACAACCUUUUCUCGGGGCAGGAUUUUCGCUCACCACUGGUUUUUCUCAAGUAAAUGCACCGACAAACACGUUGCCGGGGACCCAGAAUACCGUCACUGUCACUUUGACUAAAACGGUAGUUUCAGAGAUAUCCACCUCGAUUACCCAGACCCAAACAUUGACUCUUGCCGAUGGAAGUCUGAGCACUGUCACAACGGCCAUUCCUACCUUAUUGCCGACCAUGGUUACUACUGUCUUUACCACACCAUCACUGAGCUCCUUCGUUCCGAUUAACUCCAGCUCUCGGAUUCUUUCAAACCCACUCUUCUUGACUCUCUUCACAGGAUGCGUCUGUUUUGCGUUGAUCCAGGGCAUUUAA